AUGGAUUACAAAGGAAAGAUUGUUGUUGUGACUGGAGCGGCUCGUGGCCUCGGUAGGGCUUGUUCAGUGGAAUAUGGCAAAGAAGGCGCGAUACUUGUUCUGGUCGAUAUUGCUGCCGACAGGCUCGCUGCGACCGUAAAGGACAUGAAGAGUCAAGGAUUCGCCGCCCACUCGUAUCAAUGUGAUGUGAGUAACAGCGAUGACGUUGAAUGCUUUGGAAAGUUGGUACUCCGAGAUGUUGGAAUUCCAGACAUUAUUCACAACAACGCAAUGCGCAGCCGGACAGGAGGAAUUGUGAACCUCGAUAUAAGCAACGUCGAGCAUGAUAUAGGAGUCAAUGUCCUGGGCUACCUGCGAAUUGUGCAAGUCUUUUUGUCAGCCAUGAUCCGCCGUGGGAGCGGUUGGAUUGUCAACACAGCUUCGCCAUUGGGGCUCAUUCCUCCUCGGGGUGCAGCGGACAAUCUUCUUUCGUACUGCUUGUGUAAAGCAGCCAACAUCUCAAUGAGCCAGAGUAUGGCAGUGUCCUUGAAGCAGUAUGGGAUUGGUGUCACCGUCCUCUAUCCUGACAUGACAUUGACCGAGGCCGCGGACGAACUGAGAGGGACUGCCCCACCCGAGUUUGCAAAGACAUUUACGGCGAAUUUCUACCAGUACGGCAAAAGCGCGGAGAGUGUUGCGAGACAAAUGAUUGCGGCUAUCAAGCAGCAGAAGUUCUGCGUCAGUGCAGCUAAAAGAUUUGAGAGUCUCCUCAUCGAAUGGGCAGAGCAUGGAAUGGAUCCAAAUGUUCAGUACUCGCAGGACAUAUAG